AUGCAAUACUCCCCACUUUCGGUGCGAGGAGACGCCGGGGCACUUGCUCCCCUGUGCGGCCGGACAAUCCAAAUUUGGCCUGGAGGGGUUGGAGGCACCCGAGCUCGAGAGUUCAGCAAGCAACUGGCUCGGCUCGCUUGCGGCCUGUUCGGGCUCCCAAGCCCUGAACCGUUUGCCGUCCGUGGCGACAAUACGCGUGUGGACGGCGUCGCUCGUCCGUUGGGUGGAGGCAGCGCCCUUAAUCGUUUUAAAUUAUUUUUCGCAGUUUUGAUUCUUUUGCUUCGGCUUGAAACGCCCCACCCCGGCCAAAAUGCAAGAAGACCAAGAAAAUUCAAAUCGUCACUUAUUUGCUUCGACCGCAUCUCGGGGAAGGAAACGGAUCCGGCAAUAGAGCUCCGAUUCAUCCUCUGCAUCCUCAGAGGAAGGGGAAAUUGCCAUUUUGCAAUUGAACUGGUAAAGUGA